UGAAUAUGUUAUCAUUGACAGAAAGAAGUACUACAGACAUGAGUUAAUGCAAGCAUUCGGUGGUACUCUUAAUCCAGGUUUAGCUCCUUAUCCAAAAAAUGAAUUUGCCAACCCUUCCGUGUUAGGUUUAAAUGCUUUCUCCUUACCUACUUUUCUUCUAGGAUUGUAUAAUGUUCAUGCCAACAAUGUUCAAAUUCCUAACGUUAUUGUCGGAUUGGCCUUCUUUGUUGGUGGUAUUGGACAGACCCUAUGUGGUGUUUGGGAAUUUGUCAUUGGUAAUACUUUUGGUGCAACAACGAUGUGCAGUUAUGGUGCCUUCUGGUUAUCUUAUGGAGCCAUUCAAACUCCUGCUUUUGGAAUUUUAGAAGCUUAUGCUGCUGCACCUGAGCAAGCAACUACUGCUAUCGGAUUCUAUUUGUUAGGAUGGACUUUAUUAACUUUCAUGUUUUGGUUAUUAGUUUUAAAGUCUACUUAUGUAUUCGUGGGACUCUUUACUACAUUGCUUAUUGGAUUCAGUCUUACUACUGCAGCUUAUUUGACUGAAAACAUGUAUUUAGGAAAAGUUGGAGGUGGGUUCUUCAUUGUUUGUUCGUUUUGCGGUUGGUAUCUUGCUUGGUCUGGUGUUGCAACUAAACAAAAUAGUUAUUUGACUUACUACCACUUCCUUCUUCCACAGCCUAAACCAAAAAUGAUGCAUUAGGAUACUUUCAUCUAGUCUGUGGACUUCAUUUUUUAAUUCAUCUCAAUUCAUUUCUUUGACCUAAUUUUAUUUGUCUAUUCUUUGUUUUUUUAUUACUGGGGAUCAUCAUUAACUUAUU